GCGGUGCGGAGCUCGGUCCGCCACAGCUCCCAAUUUACAAAAGCAGCACCAUGCUCUCGUCCUCUGCUGUGCGGCCACUCGCGCGCGCCAGCCAGACUACGGUGGAGCUUCCCAAAUUAAGGAUCUCAAUGGAGGCGGGUCGUCAACAGCAAGACACCAGUCUCGGCUACGACAAUACUUGUACGCGUUCCGGUGGGUACCACGCCGCAACGCCAGGUCCAGUAAAGACCGAGGCCCCGAGCGGGGCCAUCGUGUUGUCCCCACACGGUCCAAAUACACGUUCGCCGUCCUCACCGUCCUCGUUCUUCACUCAAUCUGAGAUCGCCAAGCUCGGCUUGACGCCCCUACUCGAAGCCGCUGAGCAAGUACGCUCGUCGACCACUGAGACUUCACCGACGCUCUACGGCCGCUCCAGCCCGCUCAAGCGCGAGCUCCCGCUGCAGCAGGCACUGCCAUCUAUCAUGGACGCCAUGGGUGGUUACCCGCUCGAGACCUCGUUAAUGCCCAAGCGCGCUCGCAUCGGUUCGGAUGUCGGCCUCGACAUGCAGACUUCGUACAGUCUGCUUGGCCAUAUGCCGCGCCAAGCCAUGAUCUACACAUCGUCCACCCCUCACCAACAGCAGCAGCCAAUCUACCAUCAACAGCACGUCGCUUCGUACGUACCGACUUCAGAAACGCUGAGCCACGGCAACGCUGGAUCAAGCUCUUCAGCACCGCCCACGUACUCGGGUGCUUCGGUCUGGGAGUCCGUACUCACCACCGGCAAGUUUCCGAUGGACAUUUGCCUCAGCGAGAACGGUAGUGCGUCUCCAACAGCUCCCUUAACCUCCAAUCAUAUCCGUUCUAAAAGUGAAGACGCCGCUGACACAACUGGAGCGGAUGCCUCUGGAGAGCUAAAACAAGGUCGAUGGUCGGAUGACGAAAAGGAAUACGCAAACGCUCUCAUCCAAGCUGUGCAGAGAGGAGACGUAUCGCUGCCGCCAAACGUCUCCCUGCGAAAAUUCGUUGCCGACAACUUGCAGUGCAAGGCAAUGCGUGUCAGUAAGAAGUUUCGCAGUCUGGGUGCAAGUCCUCACGGUUCACCUAACCAAGAAGACGAACCGGCAACCCCGCGGUGCGAGUCAUUCAACCCACUCAGUCUAAAGUCGAUCAUGAACAACGAGUCAAGCUCGCCGUCCUCCGAUGUACUUGAAGUGGCGGAGACUAUUCCCAACUCGAACCUAAUCCGCCAGAGCCCCACCAGCAAUAGUACCGGCGCAAAGAAGAAACCGGCCCAGCGAGUGCUGAAGCGGUCAGACUAUUCCCAAUACGGAAUGGUGCGCAGCGGGCGGUGGUCGGUAGAGGAGGAGAACUACGCCAAGGCGAUGAUUGAGGCGUUUAAGGCGGGCUAUCUGCCACUGCAUGGCAAUGUGUCCCUGCGCAAGUUCCUGUCCGAGGUCCUCGUGUGCCACCCGAUGCGCAUCAGCAAAAAGUUUGUCGGUUACGUUCGCAAAUAUCACUGGUACCGCAUCGCUGCUGGCAAAUGCGAUCCGGAAGCCAAGCGCCAGGCACUGUACCAGCUGAGCCACCUGGAACGCGUCUUCUGGUCGUCGCUGCAGCAGAACAGCGAGUGGUCUACCGGACUCCGUCGCGACGACUAAAGAGACGACUAAGUAGCAGCCAAACCUCGCCAAGUGUGGCGGGCGUAUUUAACGAGCGAGACCGAUUGAAGGCAGCGUGAAAAGGCGCCCAUGUAAGGUAGUUAAGUUAGUGGUAGCGUCGACAACGACAGUCAGUGUAUGCGUGCAUUUGCCCAUGUCUGUCAAUUUGAAUUGUUUUUUCU